GGAGGGGGGGCGGUCGGCGAUGGCGGCGGUGCGGGCACGGGCGGUGCUGCUGACCGGCUCCAACCGCGGCAUCGGGCUGGAGCUGGUGAAGCAGCUCCUGGGGACACCGCGACCGCCAGCCUGGAUCUUCGCCACCUGCCGGGACCCCGAGGGGCCGCGGGCGCAGGAGUUGAGAGAUCUGGCCUCCAAACACCCAAACCUGGUUCUCGUGAAGCUGGAUGUUGCAAAUCCCUCGGCUAUUACCGAUGCAGUGAAGGUCGUGGAGGGAAAGCUGAACGGCGCCGGCUUGAACCUGCUGAUAAACAACGCUGGCAUCUACACCCCGACGGCGUCGCUGGAGACGGUCGACUCUGAAGACAUGAUAAGGACGUACAAGACCAAUGCGGUGGGGCCACUGCUGAUGGCCCAGGCAUUCCUGCCCCUGUUGAAGAAGGCUGCCCGGGAGAGCACGGAGAAGGGACUGAGUUGCAACAAGGCAGCCAUCAUCAACAUCUCCACUGUCAUGGGGUCCAUUGAGAAAACUCCUGAGUCCUUCUUCAAGCCUGUCAUCUCCUACCGCUGCAGCAAGGCUGCCCUCAAUAUGCUCACCAAGUGCCAGGCUCUGACCUACGGGGAAGCCGGAAUCCUCUGCGUGGCACUUCAUCCCGGCUGGGUGAAAACUGACAUGGGCAGCCAGGAGGCUGACCUGACGGUGGACACAAGCGUGCGGGGUUUGCUGUCUGUACUGCCGAUCCUCUCCGAGAAGCACAGUGGGACGCUGCUCAACUGGGAAGGUAAAGCUAUUCCUUGGUGACAGCUCUCUGUCCCUACGAGGGACCUCGCAGUGACGGGGGACACUGUGGGUGCCCUGGAGCACUGGGAUGCUCAGCCCUCUGUGGUCUGCAAGGGACCUACUUGGGACUCCACCGGGCAACCUGUGAUCCCUGCCUUCGAGCUGCUAAUAAAUAAAGUCAAUUAGUACCUGUGCCUUCUCCCA